AUGGAACCACAGCUGCAAGAAGAGAGAGGACAAGCUGGAGGUAACCACCAAAGGUGGAGAAUAGAAUCGGAGACAUUUCAAAGGAAUUAUACCCCAACAGAACCCCCAGAGGUUACUCAUCUCUUGUAUGUAAUCCACUGGGAUGGUAGCCGCAAGACCUGGAAGCAAUGGUGUACAAACAAUUUUGCCCAGCAUGCUGAAAUCAAUUUUUUGGAAAAUGCCUGUGAAGUGAUAAACCGCCAGAGAACCAAGCCAUGCUCUGUCACUUGGUUUCUGUCCUGGAGUCCUUGUGGUAGGUGUAGCCACUCUAUAAUUCAGUUCUUGGAGGAACAUCCUAACAUAACAUUGGAUAUACGAUUCUCUCAGCUGUUCAGAUAUUCUGACUGGCGGAACCAGAAUGGUCUCAGGGCCUUAGCUAAUCAUGGAGUCAAGAUAUCUGUCAUGCAACUGCCUGAUUAUGCCUAUUGUUGGAGAACAUUUGUGUUGCAUCAAAGAAGAAACAGAAACUAUUGGCCAUUGAAUUUCAUUCCUUUGAUACGUUAUUACUCCCAACAACUUUACUCGAUCCUUGAAGCUCUGUACAGAGCUGCAUUGAUUAAUUCUUCAAUUUUGUUUCUAACAGGUCAGUUAGCCAAAGAUACCGACAAAAGGUGGAGAAUAGAACCGGACGAUUUUGAAAAGAAUUAUACUCCAGAGUCACGUCCACAUGUAACUUAUCUCUUGUAUGAAAUACACUGGGGCAAAAGUCUCAGGACCUGGAAGAACUGGUGUAAAAAUGAUGUCAAUCGCCAUGCUGAAAUCAACUUUUUUGAAACUGCCUGUGAGGAGAUAAAACGCAGAACAAAGCCAUGCUAUGUCACUUGGUUUUUGUCCUGGAGUCCUUGUCAUAAUUGUAGCAAGUCUAUAAUUGAGUUCUUGGGAAAACACCCUAAUGUGACACUGGACAUACGAGUCUCUCGGCUGUUCAGGGAUUGGGACGAGAACAAGACUGAACUCAGAGCCUUAGCUGGCCAUCGUGGGAUACAUUUAUCCAUCAUGCACCCAGGUGAUUAUAGUUAUUGCUGGAAAACAUUUGUGGCUCAUCAAAAGAACCAGGGCUCAUCAGAGGAACCAAAGGACUAUAUGCAUUUCUUUACGAAGAUACAUGAUUGGAAUGCAGAACUUUGCUCAGUGCUUAAAAAACAUCAGCAUAUCACUGCAAGCAAUCUAACUGUUGCUGGACAAUUGAACAGAACUCAGCCUGCAUCUAUGGCUUUCUGGUUUCCUAGAAAUUAGAGCAUUGCUGGUAAAUUAAAUAUUCCAUUAAGUCACACCUGGAACGCGGCCACGCGGGAGACCUCUUCAAAACUGCAGAAGUUUUAAAAUACUUCCAGCUGCUUGACAAUCUGCUAUUUAUGUACUCCUACAGAGAAAACCUCAGUAUUUUAUAAAGCAUCUAUCUUUUCUUUCAUUUGUGAUUAAACACUACAUAU